AUGGGGAGAACAUGCAGGACUUUUCUGAUCAUCAUGAUCAUCAUUUCUCCAUUUAUUCUUCAUAUUUUCGUAGAUGGGCUGGCGGAAGGAGGUGAUGAGCUUGGUUUAAUCAAUAAGCCGUCGCUGCUUACGUCUGGAAUCCCUUCAGAAUGGAUAGAAAUGUGCGAAUUUCUGGAAAGGGAGUGGCAGGGAAGUGAAGGUCAGAUUGACGACAUCGGAUACCGGUUACGAGGCAUUGCCAUAGGAUUCAGACAUGGAGAGAGAUCGCCUUUAAGAAUUACUGACGGCGUAGUGGAAUGCUUGCCUUAUCGAGAAGAAGAUCGCAAAGGUUUCAAGCAGUACAGUGAAUUGGUUGGGAGCGAUAAUUUCCAGUUUUUCUUACGUUAUGACAACAAAUUCAAGAACUUCUCCACCAUUCCGUCUUUCUCUGUGUGCUCGCCUGGGCAAUUGACAGCAGAAGGAGCACUUCAACACGUAAAACUUGGGAAUUAUAUGAGGAACAAAUAUAUAGGAACUAAUAUUUUUGCGCCAGAAUCUCGUUUGAAUGUGUCUGUGACGUCUUCUCAGUUCAAUCGCACUUUCCAGUCUGCCAUCGCAUUUACCUCUUCUUUUCUUUUUCCUAGUAAAGUGUCCAUUCCACAAAUAUUUAUUCAGGCGUCCAACUUCACUUUUAUGUGCACAAGUAAGAACUGUCGGUGUAAUUCCGCAGUGCGCUGGAGGCUUCAGUAUGAACAGGAACAUGCUCAGUAUUUCUUGAAAAGAUCACCGGAACAUCUACGGAUCUUUGCUGCAGCUCUAAAAACGCACCCUAAUUUUAACAAAACAAUCGAUCCCUUCCAAAUGAUAGAUGUGGCAUUGGGAAGGUACAUUUGUCGUCGUCGAACCUUACCUUGUUUUGGCAAGAACAGCUGCUUGAAUUACGUCUUUCUGAGCGAGCUUCUCAAGGAAACGUCGUCACGUGGAAAAGUGAUGUUCGAUGAACAUACACGCUACGUAUCACAAAAAUUACAACUCGUUGAAGCUUAUGGUGUUUUAUAUCAUGUUGUUGAGGCAGUGACGAAAUUAAGAAGAUUUGCGCAUACCAAUGUUAUACAGAUUUUCUCCGGCCAUGAUGUCAUGUUGGCUCCUCUACUACGUGUCAUGGGCGUCCCUUUCGUUGAUCCUCCUCAUUAUGCGUCACGUAUCGUCGUGGAGUUCUAUGAGGUCAUAGAAAGUUCAUCCGCUAAGGACUCCAUUUUUCUCCGUUUUAUUUACAAUGGUGUGGACAUUACCAGAAAAGUGACAUUUUGUGGAACUAACGUUAUGGAGAAUGGCCUCUGUUCAGCUCAGCAGUUGGAGGAAUUUGUCCAGAAACGCAUAUUUUCCCUAUUGGGUGUUAGUUCCUUGAAAGAUAUUUGUGAUAAUACCACUCAUUAG